UGGCUCUCAAGGCAGAGUCUCUUCUCAAAGGCUGUUUCACAGUGAAAAUAUGCUCAGUGCAGCCGAGUGCAUGAAUGAAAAAGCCUCUGGUACCUUCUAGUCUGGCAAAAUGCAGCACAAAACUCAACUUGCUCUGUCCUUUCUGCUGUCCCAGGUUCUGCUGCUUGCAUGUGCAGAAGAUUUAGGAUGUGUCCCUGGAUUCCAGCAAAAGGUUUUUUAUAUUGAACAGCCAUUUGAAUUCACAGAGGACCAGCCAAUUCUGAACUUGGAAUUUGAUGACUGCAAGGGGAAUAACAAAUUGAACUUCGAAGUUUCUAACCCAGACUUUAAGGUGGAACGAGACGGGUCUUUAGUUGCGCUAAAGAAUAUAUCAGAAGCUGUCAGAGCCUUGUUUGUCCAUGCACGGUCUGAGCAUGCUGAGGAUAUGGCAGAAAUUUUGGUUGUUGGACCAAAUGAAAAACAUGGUGCAUUAAAGGAAAUCUUUAAGAUAGAAGGGAACCUUGGAAUUCCAAGACAAAAAAGGGCUAUUUUGGCAACUCCGAUACUAAUUCCUGAAAAUCAAAGACCACCGUUCCCCCGAUCUGUUGGCAAGGUCAUCAGCAGUGAAGGGACAGAGGGAGCAAAGUUUCGACUCUCUGGUAAAGGAGUAGAUCAAGACCCAAAAGGAAUUUUUAGAAUCAAUGAGAUCAGUGGGGAUGUCUCCGUGACCCGAGCCCUUGAUAGAGAAGCAAUUGCCAAUUAUGAGCUUGAAGUUGAAGUCACAGAUAUCAGCGGGAGAACCAUCGAUGGUCCAGUCCGCCUAGAUAUUGCUGUUAUUGAUCAAAAUGAUAAUAGGCCAAUGUUCAAAGAAGGACCCUAUGUUGGCCAUGUCAUGGAGGGAUCCCCUACAGGAACGACGGUGAUGCGUAUGACGGCGUUUGAUGCUGAUGAUUCCAGCACAGACAAUGCUCUUCUGCGAUAUAACAUCCUCAAACAGACACCUACCAAACCAUCUCCAAAUAUGUUCUAUAUUGACCCAGAAAAGGGAGAUAUUGUUACAGUUGUGUCACCUGUGCUGUUGGAUCGUGAGACUAUGGAAACCCCAAAAUACGAGCUAGUUAUAGAAGCUAAGGAUAUGGGCGGUCUUGAUGUGGGACUAACUGGCACAGCAACUGCCACUAUUCUUAUUGAUGACAAAAAUGACCAUCCACCAGAAUUUACCAAGAAGGAGUUUCAAGCCACAGUAAAGGAGGGAGUCACAGGUGUAAUAGUAAACUUAACCGUUGGUGACCGAGAUGACCCAGCAACCGGAGCAUGGAGAGCUGUCUACACCAUUAUUAAUGGAAAUCCAGGGCAGAGUUUUGAAAUCCACACCAAUCCCCAGACUAACGAGGGAAUGCUCUCUGUUGUCAAGCCUUUGGACUAUGAGAUUUCAGCGUUUCACACACUGCUGAUCAAAGUAGAAAAUGAAGAUCCCCUGAUUCCAGACAUAGCCUACGGCCCCAGUUCCACAGCAACAGUUCAGAUCACUGUUGAGGAUGUGAAUGAAGGCCCAGUUUUCCACCCAAACCCAAUGACAGUGACGAAACAAGAAAACAUCCCUGUUGGCAGUGUUGUGUUAACGGUAAAUGCCACUGAUCCAGAUACUUUGCAACAUCAGACUAUCAGGUAUUCUGUUUACAAGGAUCCAGCGGGCUGGCUAGAAAUUAACCCCACCAACGGUACCAUUGGCACCACUGCCAUCCUGGAUCGGGAAUCUCCUUAUGUUCAGAAUAACAUAUACACGGCUCUCUUUCUGGCAAUAGACAGUGGUAACCCUCCUGCGACAGGUACAGGAACUUUACACAUCACUUUGGAGGAUGUCAAUGACAAUGUCCCAUCCCUUUAUCCAACACUGGCAAAAGUUUGUGAAGAUGCAAAAGAUCUCAGGGUAGUGAUACUAGGAGCAUCAGACAAAGACCUUCAUCCCAACACAGAUCCAUUCAAAUUUGAACUGAAUAAGCAAUCUGGCCCAGAAAAAUUAUGGAGAAUCACCAAGAUUAACAAUACUCAUGCCCAGGUGAUCCUGCUUCAAAACCUGAAAAAGGCCAAUUACAACAUCCCAAUCUCAGUGACAGAUUCUGGAAAACCACCUCUGACUAACAACACAGAACUGAAAUUACAAGUGUGUUCCUGCAAGAAAUCCAAAAUGGACUGCAGCGCAACCGAUGCCCUUCAUAUCAGCAUCACCCUCAUCCUUCUUUCACUCUUCAGUUUAUUUUGUAAGUCUUUUCCUGAACUGUAA